CAAUCAGGAGGUUAGACGAGACACAACCAGGAAGUUAGAAACGGGCAAAGUUGUCAAAAUAGUCUGUGAAGAAUUUUGCGAUAAAACAAGAGUUUACAUUCGUAAUAACGCGAACAAGUCUUGCUAGUAUGGUUGUUAGUUCCCUUGUCUCACUACAGGUCUGUAGCCGUUUUUAAUGCGCAGCUUUUACGACGUUUAUUCAGAGUCCUAAGUUCGCUGAACGACGUUAUCGCCGUAUGGUAGCAUGGAGUUACAGGAGGUAGAGAGGUGCUGCUGUGUAGUGAAAGUGUCGGAGGCGUUUUCAGCAAAGAAACCCGUGAGCUGCAGCGGAGUUAUCGUCUAUCCUCAAACUGGAACUGUCAUAUGCACCGGCCUCCCGUUUUCACGCUUCAUUACCGACAGAGAGCUCCUCUCCUCGGACCGCGGGUUUUUGUCACCGCACAGCUUCAGCGACAAACUUAAAAUCCGCGUCAGCUUUUCCACUCAACGGCACUUGGACACCAACCAGAGCUCACACGGUGAAGCAUUCACACGCCCCAGAAGCAAGACAGCACGACAACGGGAAGCUGCGGCCGAGUUGCUGAUGGUGGUGAACUGUGUGGAGUUCAAACAGGCUUUCCAGGCAGUGUUCCAAGAGGCUGACCAGUGGCGUUUCCAUGGUGAUGAAGAGGAUGAAGAGCUGCUCAGAGAUGCUCAGUUCCUCAGCUGGUUCGCUGUACUCAAGGCGGGCGCAGUGGUGGACAGCAGCUCAGAUUCAGGGACCGUCCCCUGGCAGAGCAGCUCCUCUCUGCAGAAAGGCUGCCCAGUUGUUGCAUGCGGCUCACCUUUUGGCUCCCUCUGCUUAGAUCUCUUCAUCAGCACCCUCAGCAGAGGUAUCAUCAGUAACCUUGCCGGAGAGGACAACGCUGUCAUCCUCACAGAUGCCCGCUGCUUGCCAGGCACAGAAGGUGGAGGGUUGUUUGUGGUGCAAGGCUCAGACGAUGUGCGUCUCAUCGGGCUGAUCGUGUCUCCGUUUGGCUGGAAGGCCAAUGAGUGGAUAGGCCUCACUCUGGUCUGCUCAGUCCACUCGAUCUUCAGGAAUGUGACGAUGAGCGCACAAGAUCCACUCCGAGAUGUUUGGCUUCAACAGGGGGAAGCAGGCCUUCACAUGUCCACCACAGCUCAAGAGUCAAAAGCUGUUAAAUACCCCACUGUGUGCUUUGUGGACAGUGGACAGUUCUGGGGCUCCGGGGUUGUCGUCACUUCCCAGCUGGUUGUGACUUGCAGACAUGUUGUCAAUGGGAAGUCUACAGUCACCCUCAAGUUCCAUAACAGGGACAGGGUCCAUAAUAUCGUAGGCGACGUCCUGUUUUCCACUAAAGCGUCUUCACCUUAUGAUCUGGCUUUGGUUCAGCUAAGAGACCCCAUCCCAGAGGCAGCGGUCCCGCGAAUGUCACAGACUUUUACUCCAGGUGAAUCUGUGGUUGUGGUGGGAUAUGGUGGGCUGGGUCGGAGCUGUGGUCCGUCCCUGACCUGUGGUGUCCUGUCCAAAACCAUUAGCUGGAAUUACAAGCCCAUCAUGCUCCAGACCACUUGUGCAGUACAAGCAGGGACCAGCGGAGGUGCUGUGGUGCAGAAACACUCAGGAGAGCUGCUGGGUAUCGUGUCCAGCAACACAAGGGACUUGGCUGCUAGAGUGACCUACCCACACCUCAACUUCAGCAUCCCAGUGGCUGUUUUCCAGAAACUGUUGCAGCGCUUUCACCAGACAAGGGAUGUAAAUGUCUUCAGGGUGCUGGACACCACAGACAAAGAAGUCAGAAGAGUGUGGAGGCUGCAAGUUGCUCAAAACAAACUAUGACAGUGUACUCCUGCACUUUAUAGAUACGCUUGAGAAAAAUAUGACAUUAAUUAUAAAUGGAUUAUGGCCAGAUUAUAUUAGAUCAUCAAACUGACAUUAUGAGUAUUUUUUUUUUUAAAUAACAAAGCAAGUAUUUUCAAAUACAUGACACAUAUUUCACACCUCAAUCUGUUACAAACAGGCACAAUGUUGUAGAUCUGAAGGAGUAAAAGCUACUAAAACGUCAUCCUGGAAUCAUGCAGUACGCUGUGAAUUAUUUAAAAGACCACUUAAUGCUAACAGCCAAGUUGAAAUUACAUUAAUAAUUGUUUUUGUUUUUCUAAUUGUAUUGUAGUAUAAUUAAAUUAAAUGUUUAUUUCGGUAA